UAUACUUUCCGAGUCACAAACGGAAACCAAUAUCCCUAUAUAUAUUCACUCAGCCAGCCUCACAAUUCUCAAUCCAAAAACUUCCAUCGAUUCCUUUGCCUUGUUCUGUGGUCUCUGGUCUCCAGCGAUCUCUCUUCUCCCAAGCCCCUUUGCUGCACAAGAAUGGCUCGUUACGUGAUUUUUUCGAUGGCCAUCUUUCUUGCUUUUUGUAUGCUGUCAUGCAUAGCACAGCAACAACCAUGCGCAACCUACAAAUUUUCGAACAACAAACAGUUCUCUUCUUGCAGCAAUUUGCCUGUUUUGAGUUCCUCUCUUCACUGGAACUACCAUCCAUCAUCCAACAAAGUUGAUGUUGCCUUCAGGCAUACUGGUACUGGUGUGAAUGAUCGCAGAUGGAUUGCUUGGGCUAUCAAUCCAACUUCAGAAGGGAUGAUUGGUUCGCAAGCGAUCGUUUCUUUUCCGAGAACGGAUGGAAGACUUGCAGUUUAUACUUCGCCGAUAACAAGUUAUGGAACGCGAUUGGAACAAGGAAAUCUUAGCUUUCCUGUCUUGGACCUGUCUGCUACUACUCAGAACAAUGAGAUGAUAAUCUAUGCAAGCUUAGAGCUCCACGGAAACAUCAGUACAGUCAAUCAUCUCUGGCAAGUAGGUCCAAUGUCUGAAAACACUCCAAUGAUGCAUAGUGUUGCUCCAUCCAGUCCCAAUGUUAAAUCCAUGGGGAGUUUGGACUUCCUUUCCGGAAGGAUUACAGCGACAAGAAGUUCUUCAAGCACAAUGAGAAAUAUCCAUGGAAUAUUGAACACGGUAAGCUGGGGCAUUCUAAUGCCUAUUGGUGCUGUCAUUGCAAGAUACUUGAAAAGGUUCGAAUCUGCAGACCCUUUAUGGUUCUACUUGCAUGUUAGUUGUCAGCUGCUGGCCUAUAUUCUUGGUGGACUAGCUGGAUUUGGGAGUGGGAUAUUUCUUGGCGCAAGGUCUCACGGUAUUGAACAUAGCUCUCACAAGAUCAUCGGCAUUGUCCUCUUCUGUCUUGCAACAGCACAGGUAUUUGGUGGUUUGGCCAGACCUGACAAAGACAGCAAGUAUCGUCCCUUCUUCAACUGGUUUCACUUCCUUGCGGGCUGCUCAACACUUAUCCUAGGUAUAUUCAACAUAUACAGAGGAUUUGACAUAUUGCACGCAGCAAAAUUUUGGAGGCUGGCCUACAGUGGUGUGAUACUAACUUUGCUAUUGGCCACGCUACUCUUGGAAAUAUGCACAAGAUGGUGCAUGCCAGUAACUAAGCGUUCCAUGUCAGAUACCGUGGACAAAAACACAUCCACUGUCGUUGCAGUAGCUGCAAUGGAGGUUUAGAUUUGGGAUGCACAAUGCUGCAUUGGAACCUGCGAUUUGAUUUAUUGAAAGAGAAACUUGUUUGCAGCUGGUCAAGGUGCAGUACUGCAGGUGGAGGAGGUUUUGAUUGAAAAUAUUUGAUGUAUAGCUCGUUUUUAUAUUGAAUAAUUAUUAAUAAUAAUCGAAUCCUUUUAUACUGAUUAUAUUAAG